AUGGGGCGUGGAGGAUUGGGGAGGACGGAGGUGGGGAAGCACCGCCGGAGGAGAGCGGAGCGACGGAGCUCUCGUAGCGGCGGAGCUUUCGAGAGGAGAGUUCAGACACUGAAGAACAAAGCUAGAGAGCUCUCGGUUCUUUGCGAUACCUCCGUCUGCGUCAUUUGCUACGAUUCCGACGGCCAACUCCAUCACUGGCCGGAGAGACCCGAAGAUGUCCGUCGGAUCGCGGCGAACUACAGAGGUCUGAGCGAAGAAGACCGCCAGAAACACGCCGUAGAUUUGAAUGGGUUUUUGUCCUCGGAGGCUACGAAAGCUAAUCGCGCCAGCAAGAAGCCGAGACUCGCGCCGGCUUACCCAGAUUCUGAUGGGACGGUGGACAAUCUCUCAGAUGACGAGCUUGGGGUUCUGCUGUCUCGAAUUGACGCCAAAUUAGUCCAAUUUCAGGAAAGACAGAGUCUUGUGAUGGAUCAUGGAGGAAGAACAGAAAAGGAUUUCGAGGGUCGGAACGAAGAUGUCGGAUCGGAGAAAUCGGCAACGGGCCCGCGGGGUGAAGAAAACACAGAUGAAAUCGACAUCUUUAGGGGUUUGGAAGAUUUGGAUUGUGGGUUUCAAGGAUUCGGCUUUGAGAGUUUCGGUGGUUCUUCGAUGUACAUUUGA